UUACCCUUAAUAAUACCCAUUGUGUGUUUUAUGUAAAUAUAUUUAUUUUAAGUUUUCUUCAAAGAAGAAUAGAAAGAAAAAUUAUAGUGUUUUUCUCACUUCACAAUUGGGGGAAAUUGCCAAAAUAUGAGACCACAUCCAUCUCUACACUCCAAUUUUUUCUCCUCCCUUAAACAGGUUGAGAAGAGACUCAAGUUAGAAGAAGAACAACAAUCACAAUCACAAUCACAAUCACAAUCAUCACUAAGCUCACCUAUAUAUCUCCACUUUGACCAAUCAAAUCACAACAAUCAAAACUCAUCAACACCCCAACAAAGCAGUGAACUUCCUCAACAAUUUCUCUCAUGUUCCCCUGAUUUCCCACUUCCAAAACCAACCCAAUCUGACUCAGUUUGUGAUAUUGAGAAGCUAAUUCAACUUCUGGGUUUGUCUGAAAAUUGUUCAAAUGAGAGGCAAGAAGAAGAAAUAGAAGAAGAAGAAGAAGUCUCUUCUUGCCAUUGUGAAAAUGGGUUUUACUCAAAAAUUGCUCAAGUGAAAGGACCAAAAUGUGGGAAGGAAGUUGAGAGGUUAGAGGGUUGGAUUAGAUAUUUUUUGAAUGGUGGUGGGAAUGGUGGGAAGGUAAAGAUUGAACCUUUUAGGUUGUCACUUUUGAUUUUGGGAAAAGCUUCUUUUGUUUCUCAAGGUGGUGUUGAUGAUGAUGAUGAUGAUAGUGUUUUUGGUGGGUUAGAGUUCCCAUCAACUAUUGAGGAAUUUUUGCUCAAUGAUCCUCCUCCAACAACAACUUAGGUUAGGGUUUGGUUUGGUGUAAUGGAAUGGUAAUAGUAAUAAUAAUUCAGGUGAUUAUUGGUUUCGUGGAAUAUAAUGGAAUAAGAGUAGUAAUGAGAAUCGAUUACGAUAUUUAGUUUGUUAAAUUGACAAAAUUACUCUUACAAUUUUUUAAAAAAUUAUAUAAAGAGAGAUUAUUAGAAUUAUUUUAAUUUACAAUAGUGUGUUUAAGAAUGUUAUGAUUAGAAUUGAAUCUAAAGUUUCUAGCCA